AUGGAGAAUAAAAACCGAUAUGAUGAUCUAAGUUCAUUAUUUUUGCCAGAUAUUUUAACUAGUAUUCCUAAUUCAACUCCUCAAAAAUCUGAAAUUAAUGAAAGUGGGAAUUUCGAUAGAAGUCAACUGGGUAAUCCUUCAAUAACGGAUUUCAAUACUUUUAUAAACAAUAAUGGGUUUAUCACUUCGAAAAAUGAUUUCAAUGAUAAUUUAGUUCAACUCAAAUCUACUGAAGAACAUCAUCAUUAUAAUUCUUAUAUGAAUGAACCACCUCAUCAUAACCAUAAUCAAACAUUAUAUUCCAAUUCAUCAUCGAAUCUUUUUGGAAAUUCCAACCUUCCUCCACAACAUUUGAAUAAACCUAUUGAAUCUCCGUGGUUCAAUAAUCCGAAUCCGGAUUUAGAAAUGAAAUUCGACAGAACUCCUAACAUGAAUAAUCCCCAACUAAUGAACGAAACUCUUGAGAAUCCAAAUUAUUCAAACUUACAUCAACUACAACAAAUCCAACAACUAAUUAACCAAUUACCUCCCAAUUCCUUGAAUACUUUAUCAUCAUUGAAUCCAAAUUUGAACUUAAAUAUCAAUUCUUUCAAUCCAGGUAAUAAUUUAAAUCACCAAAUUCAACUGCCAAUCAUGUUACCUUCAAGUCAACUUUUACCUCAAGAAUCUCCAAUGACUAGUCCUCCUAAUGACAAAAAGACCAAGAAAGUAAGAAAGGCUAGAAAUAAAUUAAAGUCUGAUAAUGGGAUAAUAGUUGAUUAUAAUCCUGAAAAGUUGACCAGACUUUUGGACUUCAAGUUAAGGAAGUUGAACGAUAAUUUUAAAAUCUUCGACAAACACGGUAAUGCUAUCAGUUUAGAGUUUACUGGGUUCUUGAAUGGAAGAUUUCUUACUAAUGAUGUUGAUAAUAGUAAUUAUAUUUAUAGUUUAUUAGACUCCAAAAAUGAUUCAAAGAUAAAUAAUAGUAAGAUAAUAAAGACCGAUGCCAAAGUAUUAUCCUGUUAUAGGAGGAAUUAUAUUCAAAUCUUAAUGGAUUUCAAAUUAUCUGGGUUCAAGAAUUAUGAACCUAAUGAAGCUAAGAUCUUGAAGUUAGAAACUAAUGAAUAUAAUUAUACCACCACUAAAAUCAUUAAAUGGUUUAAGAUUGAGAUCACUGCAUUUUCAAAUAUUUCCAAAUCCCAGAACAUUGCCUUAAUAAUCGAUGAGGAUACCAAGGACAAAGACAAAGAUACUCAUGAAAAGAAUCAUAUAAGUCCACAAAAUAUAACAUCCACUGAACAUGUGAUAACUUUGAAUAGACUUGAAAUGAUUAAUGAAGAGAUCGAUAAUUUCUUAAGUCUUCGAAAGUUACAGUUCAAAAAUGCUACCCCAAAUAAUGGGAACUUUACAUUCCAAAAUUAUUAUCAUUUAAAGAUAAAGUUGAGUGCUGUAACGGCAGAUAUGUAUUUUGAUGAUGAUUAUGGAGAUUUUGAAGCUACCAAUGAUGGGAAUUUAAGAAAUGAGAUCAAUUUACUUGAAUUGGUUAGUGAACCAAUUAUCGUAAGAGGAAGAAAUCCUUCAUUCUAUGCUGAAAGAAAAGAUUUGUUGGUUAAAUGUAGAUCUCCUACAAGUAAAGAAAGUUAUGAAUUAUCAAUGUCGCCACUUGAAAGUGAAGAAAUCAAAUUUGAAGAGAAACCUAAAGAUCCUAUAGAAUCUGAUGAUUAUAAACCAAUUCAACCUCCAUUACAAUCAUCCGAAAGUGCUGAGAGUGUUACUCCAGCCAAAUCACCAACACCUUUAAAUUUACCAGCAAAUCCAUCACCAUUAAUUGCUAAUUUAGGUAGUAAGAAUCUCAACAUUGAUGAAGAUUCAAAUUAUAAAUAUUUCCCCAUAUCCAAUGUGUAUUAUUUACCACCAAUUAAUGUUGUAUAUUUCCCGCAUGGAGCACAUCAACAUAGUUCUAAACCCAAACAAGCAACUAUUGAAGACGUUAACGUUUCAAGAAGAAAGUCCUCUAAUGUAUAUUUUAAAUAA